AUGACUUAUAUCAGGGGCUUGGUUCUGAGGUUUCUCUUGUUUUCUGUAGUAUUUUUGCAGUUAAAUGCAAGUCUUACUCUCUUGACAAUAUUUGUUAUUUUACUUAAACUUAAUUUGCCAUUUUGCGUUAUUAUAUAUAUAUAUAUUUUAUUAACUGUGAGUUGCAAUGAGAAGGAAAAGCAAGCCCUUUUGGAUUUCAAGCAAGCUCUCUCCUCUGAUCCUCCAGGCGCUCUAUCUUCUUGGUCUCCCCAUGUUCACGACUCCGAUUGUUGCAAUUGGAGAGGUGUUCACUGCGACAACAUGACCGGUCGAAUCGUUGAAUUGCAUCUUUCCGAUCUAAAUUUAACAGGCAAUCUUACACCUCCGCUGUUAGAUCUGAAAUUUCUGAGUUAUUUGAACCUGAGUUACAACAAUAAUUUUGGAGGCUCUCCCAUUCCAAGUUUCUUAGGUUCUAUGACAAGUCUCGUGCAUCUGGAUCUCUUUGAAGCUGGAUUUAAGGACAAUCUCAAUUGGAUUGCUCAUCUUCGUGCUUUGGAAUAUCUUGACAUGAGUAAUGUCAACCUUAGCAGGGAAGUUAAUUGGCUUCGAGAGGUGAGCAGCCUUCCUUCCCUUUCAGAAUUACAUUUGAGUGAUUGCCAGCUUGAGAAUUUGACUCCCUCACUUGAACAUGUCAAUUUUACAUCCCUUACAACCCUUGAUCUUUCUUUUAAUAAUUUCAAUUGUGAGAUACCAAAGUGGUUAUUCAAUCUUACUAGCAGCCUUCGAAGCCUUUCUCUUUAUAGUAACUCUUUGUAUGGUUUUAUACCAUAUGAGGUUGGGCAAUUCAAACAUCUUCAAGAACUUGGACUAUCUAAUAAUAAAUUGAAUGGUCCAAUUCCUGAAUCCCUUGGUAAUUUGUCAUCUUUGGAAUUAUUAGAUCUCUUUGGAAAUCAAUUGAAUGGUCCAAUUCCUGAAUUCAUUGAUAACUUGUCAUCCUUGAAAUCAUUAUAUAUCUUUAAAAAUCAAUUGAAUGGUCUAAUUCCUGAAUCCCUUGGUAACUUGUCAUCCUUGAAAUCAUUACAUCUCUUUGGAAAUCAAUUGAAUGGUCAAAUUCCUGAAUCCCUUGGUAACUUGUCAUCAUUGGAAUCAUUAGAUCUCUCUGAAAAUCAAUUGAAUGGUCCAAUUCCUGAAUCCCUUGGUAAGUUGUCAUCCUUGAAAUCAUUAUAUGUCUCUGAAAAUCAAUUGAAUGGUCCAAUUCCUGAAUCCCUUGGUAACUUGUCAUCCUUGAAAUCAUUAGAUCUCUUUGAAAAUCAAUUGAAUGGUCCAAUUCCUAAAUCCCUUGGUAAGUUAUCAUCCUUGAAAUCAUUAUAUCUCUUUAAAAAUCAAUUGAAUAGUCCAAUUCCUGAAUCCCUUGGUAACUUGUUAUCCUUGAAAUCAUUAGAUCUCUCUAAAAAUCAAUUGAAUGGUCCAAUUCCUGAAUCCCUUGGUAACUUGUCAUCCUUGAAAUCAUUAGAUCUAUCUAAAAAUCAAUUGAAUGGAACUCUUCCAAAUAACAUUUGGGUUCCAUCUUUUCAAUUGAAAUAUCUUUUUGUUAGUUCUUGCAAAAUGGGUCCAAAUUUUCCUUCAUGGCUAAAAACACAAACAUCUCUUUACUACUUAGAUAUUUCCAAAACUGGGAUAUCAGACAUAAUUCCACACUGGUUUUGGGAUUGGGCUUUACAUAGGAACUAUAUUGAUCUCUCAGAAAACCAGAUUGAAGGUGACUUGUCUUCCGUUAUGCUAAAUGCCACUGUCAUUGAUAUUAGCUCUAAUAGAUUUAGGGGCAGACUACCACAUCUCAGUUCAAAUGUUAAGUAUUUUAUUAUUGCAAAUAAUAAUUUUUCAGGACCUAUUUCCACUUUCCUUUGCCAAAAGGAAAAUAAACAAAAUACAUUAGAAGUUUUGGAUGCUUCAUAUAACCUUUUGUCGAGCAAACUUUCUCAUUGUUGGAUGAAUUGGCAAUCCUUGAUCCAUGUCAACUUGGGAAACAACAACUUGUCCGGUGAAAUUCCCAUCUCAAUGGAUUCUUUAUCCAAGCUUCAAUCAUUGCAGUUGCAUAACAAUAAAUUAUGUGGAUAUAUACCUCCAUCAUUGAAGAAUUGUCAAUUUUUGGGUCUCAUAAAUCUGGGUGGAAAUGAAUUGACAGGAAUUAUACCAAGUUGGUUGGGACAUAUUACAAAUCUAUCAAUUCUCUGCUUAAACUCAAACAAGUUUACUGGUAACAUUCCAUUACAUAUAUGCCAUCUUUCCUCUCUUAUAGUACUUGAUCUUGGCAAUAAUAACCUAGUUGGAAGCAUUCCAAAAUGCCUUAGUAAUAUCACUGAGAUGGUUGCUGCAAAUACAUCAUACUUUGGUGCUCUUGUGUAUACCAAUCAUAGAAAAUAUGAGGAAAGACUUUCAUUGGUCAUAAAAGGAAGGGAAUGGGAGUACAAAGAGAUUCUACCACUUGUUAGGAGCAUAGAUCUUUCAAGUAACGACUUGUCUGGAUCAAUUCCUUCUGAAAUAUCAAGUCUUGGAGGAUUACACUUUCUGAAUUUGUCUCAUAAUCAAUUUGUUGGAAAGUUGCCAGAGAAACUUGGAAACAUGAAAAUGUUAGAGUCUCUUGAUGUCUCAAGAAACCAUCUUUCCAGUGAAAUUCCUGAGAGCAUCUCAAACUUGACAUCUCUUAGUGACUUGAACUUGUCAUUCAACAACUUGUCUGGAAGGAUCCCUACGAGCACUCAACUCCAAGGCUUUAAUGAAUCCAGAUUCAUGGGUAAUCCAGGAUUUUGUGGGGCUCCUCUCAAGAUAAACUGCACCGAUCAACAAAACUAUUCGAAAAAAACAUUUGCAGUUCGUAAAGAUGUUAAAAAGUCUGAAACAUUUUGGUUUUAUAUUAGCAUGAUAUUUGGAUUCAUCAUUGGUUUUUGGGGAGUUUGCGGGACUCUUUUAUUGAAGAAAACUUGGAGACAUGCUUAUUUUCAAUUUGUUGAUAACAUGAAGAAUCAUAUAUAUGUCAUUGUAAUUCUAACAAUGAAUUGGAUGCAUAGAAAAUUUGAGAGGUCAAUCGAUGAAGAUUGAAUGAUGUCAUCUUUUUUAAGGUAUUGCUUGAAGUCCUUUUAAUAAAAUUAUAGAAAAAAUAAAAUAAAAAUACUCUUUAUGGCUCGUAAUUACUGUAAAUUAAUUUUCUCAUUUUGAUUUCUUUAGAAUAUAUAGGAACAAAGAAAACAAAAUACUAUCUUGAAGGUCAAGAAAAGUUUCCCUAAUCGACGUGCCUUUGCUGUACUAAUACUAAACGUCAAAAUCUCGUCGCUCCCAACAUAAUGUGGCAGGUUGGGAGGAUGAGUGACCGUAGCAUUGCCCACUUUAUAUAUUUAGAAUGGAUGAAAGCUACUUAAAAUCCACAUAGGCACUUUGGUUUAGAUUUGAUUAUUAUUGGUCUGGGCCGAAAUGAACAUUCAAAAUGAAGCCCAAAUUCUUUUAAUAAUCUAAAUAAAGCAUUUCAGCUUUGCCUUUGGGCGUAAUUGUAAUUUGAGCUAUUAUUAUUCGCAAUUGGUUCAUUGGAUCAAUAGGAGAACCCUUGGGCCAAGCAUUAUAAUUUGUCAAAACUUUGGGUUCAAUACACAGAACAACUUGGGGCAAAAUUGGGGGGUAGGACCAGAUUGGAGAGGUGGGGCUUCCAUUAGGAAUAGGGUGGGGAAGGAAGCAUAGUAAGUAAGAAAAUCAAAGAGCGCAGAGGGAAUGCGGCUGGCUCUCAUGCAUUCUUCUGCUUGAGUUUCUGCAAUUGCCAAUUCGAGUACGGAGUUUUGUUUUCCGGAGAGAAUUGUUAUAUCUUGUGUGAUAUUUAAUUUUAAUAAAGAAUAAAUUUAUGUAAUAUAUCACAUCACUUAUAUAAUAUAUUGAUACUAUAUAUUAUACAAAAUUAAUGAAAAUUAAUUAAUUAAUAUAACAUAACAUAUAAUAAUAAUAAUUUACAUUUUUAAAUUAUAACAGUACCUCUGCCUGC